UCAAUUCAUUUGUUUAUGUUUAUUUUAAACGAAUAUAUUCAACACUCUGUAAAGACGCAGUUAGUUAUCGGUGAACUGUGGUGUUAAAAUAGGCUUUACAAAAUUAUUACGGCCACAAGUAUGGAACCAAAAACAGCUACACAAGAUUGUAUCGAAUCGUUGGUGGAAGAAAAACUUGAAACGAAAGCUGUGAUACAAAAAGAAUCCAAACGGCAACAGAAAGCACCAAAACGGUCGAUAUUAGAAAGAGAUAAACGGGAGAAAGUAAUCUUUCCAUACGGCAACUACAACCGCUACUACGGAUACCGUAAUCAUAAUGCUACUCCGGCGGAAGAUCCUCGGCUUCAGGCGUUCGUACAGCGGCGUGAAUUGUUCGAGUCGAAACGAAUACUGGACAUUGGAUGCAAUAAUGGAGCGCUUACGGUGCAGUUAGCGUUAGCUUGCCAACCUGCCUCAAUUAUUGGCAUCGACAUCGAUGGUGACCUAAUAAAGGAAGCACGUAAACUCUGGAAAGCAACACUGAUUAAAGACAGCAAACUGGGUACUGCUAACGGUCGCACAAUGCAGAUAGACAUGGUAGAAUUUCAGCGUGCCAACUAUAUCUACGAUGAUCCUGCGCUGCUCGAGCUAGAAAAACCACAGUUCGAUGUUAUCCUGUGCCUUUCUGUGACCAAAUGGAUGCAGCUUAACUUUGGCGACAGUGGGCUGAAAUUGGCAUUCUCGCGCAUGUAUCGACAACUGCAUCCGGAUGGGGUGCUUAUACUGGAAGCACAGCCAUGGAGCAGCUACAAACGUCGCAAGAAGCUGACCGAAACGAUAGCGCAAAAGUUUGAAACGAUUAAAUUUUUACCCUCGAUGUUUCAGCGAUUUUUGCUGAGCGAUAGUGUUGGAUUUCAUGAUUGUACCGAUAUUCCGGUUCAGCAUCAUUCAGCAUCAGGUUUUCAGAGACGCAUACAAAUGUACAGAAAAUUGUAAACGAAAUAGAAAAAUAAUUUCCAUCAACAAAAUUCAAUUUUCUUCAUAUUCUUCAUAAAUAAGAUAGAAUGACCCUCGCGGCUUUUUCUUUUACUCGAAUGAAUAUAUAUAUUU